AUGGAACUUUUUGCAGACAAAGUCGCUAGUGAAGGUACAUCUUCUCCUGAUGCGGCACGUGCAACAGACUUGUCUGCAACACCUUGCCAUAAGAAGCGAGGGGCUCAGAGUUUAACUAAAGGAUCACCGCCUGAGUUUAAUAUAGAAUAUGAAGGGGCCAAUGGGUACGUAUACACACUUAAAUAUAGCGAUAGCCAUGUUACCUUGUGUGUAAAGAGUGAGAGCGAAGAGCAGGGGCUAAACACAAGUCUGUCUGUAGAAGACUGGAAACUGUUUUGCUCGGUAGCCUGCCAAGACCUUGAUCAGCCUGGUUUUCCUGAGGUGCUUUAUAUAUCACAAUGGAUCAGCGGUACAGGGCCUGAAAUGUAUUGCAUUGAGGCCGACCGUUUCCUCAAACUUUUGGAAGAUUUUUUUUUUUCUGAGCGUCUGUGAGGAUCCAAUGAGGCCAAUGAUCGCGGUGAGAGGAGUACAAGACAUAUUUCAGGGCAACUUUCUUUAUCCAGUGGUGUGACUGGACGUAUCUGCAGGGAGUGUUUAACAAAGUUGACGAAGCCAUUAAGAGAGAUAGAGUGGCAGUCUCUUUUGAACAUGAUAGAAAAUGUCUUGAUUUUGGCCAUUCAUCGUCUACUUCUCUUAGCGACAUCUGGCCUGCCCUUUGUAGGCCGAAAAUCGUCAAGCACAUAGACUACUAUGCAUAAAUAGGUGGGUUGUAUAUUUUUGUGUUUAUGUUGGAUCUCUCUGACGAGUCAAAAAAUUAACAAUACCUUUUUUCUAUUCACUAGGAAAUGACACCUCCACACCUCCACAGUAUCCACACCUCCACCGGCCUCUGGGACCCCUCUGUCAUCACCCUGGGUACCCUGGUCACCCCCUUCAACUCCGAGCCUGCCACCACUGCUGAUCCAGACACCCCCUGCAUAACCCUAGUCACCACCACCAUCUCAGAGACCAGAAUCACCCUAGUCACCAUCGUACCACCUCACCGAGGGAUAUGA